CGAGGCGGGCAGCAGCCCCAGCCACUCGGCGGAGAAAUCCGCCGGUUCCGCCAGCCCGCCCGGGAACACGUGGGCGCCGGGCAUGAAGCCGCUGCGGGAGCUCCGGCGCAGCAGCAGCAGCUCGUAGUCGAAGGGGCCGAGCGGCGAGCGCGGCGGCCGGCCCGGGCCCGGCGUGCCCGCCGCCAGCAGCAGCGUGGCCGCCUCCCGCCAGUGCCGCAGCCGCGGGUUCAUCUUGGCGAGGCGGAGGGCGCCGGGGCGGCCGCGCUCCCGCGGGCUGGGCGGGCGGCACCGCCGCCUGCGCCCCCGGAGGAGCCACUGCAGCCGCGGGGCGGGCCAGCGCCGGGGGAGGCCCGCAGGAGGCGGGACAGCGCCGGGAUGCCUCAGCCCCCCUCAGCCCUAAGCCGAACAUCUCCUUGGAAUAUCUGAAGUCCAUAUGGCUAUGUAUGAUGAAGAUAUCUUGAAAAAUCCCUUUUAUUUGGCCAUUCAGAAGCGACGUCCUGAUCUAUGCAGCAAAGUUGCAGAACUCCAUGGUAUUGUGCUAGUUCCAUGCAAAGGAAGCCUUUCAAGCAACAGUCUUUCUACCUGCCAGUUUGAAUCUUAUGUUCUGAAGCCGCUGGAAGAAAAUUUUCAAACCUUAAAUGGAAAGGAGAUCUUCAUCCAAGGAAACCUCAUCAUUCUAGGAGCUGGUUUUAAUUACACCCUCUCAGUACCUGUUCUCUUUGAGGAAACCUUUUACAAUGAAAAAGAAGAAAGCUUUAGUAUAUUGUGCAUAGCUCAUCCACUGGAAAAAACAGAAAACUCAAGUGAAUCUACAGCUUCAUCAAACUCCUAUUCUCUUAAAAACAUUGACGAUGUUAGAGAGUUCCUGGGAAGGCACUGUGAGAGAUUUGAUAAAUACAUAGGAUCUUUCUAUAGAACAUUUAAAGAACAUGAAAGGAAAAGCCUCCGCCACUACAUAGAUUCUGUCAAUGCACUUUAUACCAAAUGUCUGCAGCAUCUUUUGAGAGAUUCGCACUUGAAGAUGCUUGCAAAGCAAGAAGAGCAGAUGAAUCUGAUCAAACAAGCAGUUGAAAUGUAUAUCCAUCAUGCUAUUUAUGAUCUAGUUUUCAAAUAUGUGGGGACGAUUGAGGCAAGUGAGGAUGCUGAUUUUAAUAAAAUCACAAGGAGCCUUCAAGACCUGCAGCAAAAAGACAUUGGAGUGAAGCCCGAGUUCAGUUUUAAUAUACCACGUGCAAAGCGGGAACUGGGUCAGUUGAACAAAUGCACUUCCCCUCAACAGAAGCUACUUUGUCUGCGUAAAGUUGUACAAAUUAUUAUGCAGUCUCCAAGCCAAAGAGUUAACAUGGAAACCAUGUGUGCAGAUGAUCUUCUCUCUGUUUUGCUGUAUUUGCUUGUAAAAACAGAAAUCCCAAACUGGAUGGCCAAUUUGAGUUACAUAAAGAACUUCAGGCUCUGCAGCUCAGUGAAGGAUGAGCUGGGGUACUGCCUGACCUCCAUUGAGGCUGCAAUAGAAUACAUCCGGCAAGGCAACCUCUCGGACAGAUCAACAGAAUCUGAGAGUCUGUGUGACAAGCUGCUCUUAAGACAAAGGAUGAACUUAUUGUCCCAGAUGUCUGCUGCACCAAUAGACUGCUUGUUUAAGCAUAUUGCUUCAGGUGAUCAGGAGGAAGUGGAGCGGCUGCUAAGUCAAGGUGACAGUGAUAAGGACACUGUACAGAAAAUGUGUCACCCGCUGUGUUACUGUGACAAAUGCGAGAAGCUGGUUUCUGGGAAACUGAAUGACCCUUCCAUUAUCACCCCCUUUUCCCGAGAUGACCGGGGAUAUACACCGCUUCAUAUAGCUGCUAUUUGUGGUCAAACUUCAUUAGUGGAUUUACUCGUAGCCAAAGGAGCCAUUGUCAAUGCCACAGAUUACCACGGUUCAACUCCCCUUCACCUCGCCUGUCAGAAGGGAUACCAGAGUGUUACACUGCUCUUAUUGCACUACAAGGCAAGUACUGAUGUUCAGGACAAUAAUGGAAAUACUUCACUUCAUUUAGCCUGCACUUACGGUCAUGAGGAUUGUGUCAAGGCUUUGGUGUACUAUGAUGUGCAUUCCUGCAGACUGGAUAUUGGCAAUGAGAAGGGAGACACUCCUCUCCACAUCGCUGCUCGCUGGGGCUAUCAAGGGAUCAUUGAAGUGCUCUUGCAAAAUGGGGCAAACCCAGAAAUUCAGAACCGGAUGAAAGAGACUUCCCUACAGUGUGCAUUGAAUUCCAAGAUUUUGUCAUUGAUGGAAGUAAACUACCUAACAUUUGAAAGAGGACAGAGUGCUUCUGAGUCACCGCUUAGGUCUCCUCAGCACUCAACAGAAACUUUCAGCAGAGGAUCAUCUGUCUCAAGCCUGUCAUCAGCAUCAACUGAUAUAAGGCAAGAAGAAGCAAAAAACAGUUAUAAAGAGGUGGAAAAACUCCUGAGAGCAGUUGCUGAUGGAGAUCUGGAAAUGGUCCGUUAUCUCUUGGAAUGGGUGGAAGAAGACUUGGAAGAUGAGGAUGAUACAGCCAGUACAUCAAAACCAGAAUUCUGCCAUCCAUUAUGCCAGUGCUCAAAAUGUGGGCCAGCACAAAAGAAGUUUUCCAAGAUCUGUGCCAACGGGCUGGGGGUGAAUGUUUCAAACCAGGAUGGUUUCACCCCACUGCACAUGGCUGCUCUGCACGGGCACAGUGAGCUGGUGUCGCUGCUGCUGCGCCACGGCGCCAGUGCCAGCGCCAAGAACUCACAGCUGGCAGCUCCCCUGCACCUGGCCUGCCAGAGGGGACACUCCCAGGUGGUAAAGUGUCUGAUGGAUUACAAUGCUAAACUAAAUAAAAAGGAUAUAUAUGGAAAUACUCCCUUAAUUUAUGCAUGCUUGAAUGGUCACUAUGAGACUACUGCCCUGUUGUUGCAGCACGGAGCCUCCGUGAACCUCUCCAACGCCAAGGGCAGCACAGCCCUGCACGAGGCCGUGGUGGGCAGGAGCGAGGCGCUGGUGGCGUUGCUGCUGCAGCACGGGGCCCUGCGGCACCUGCGCAACGAGCGCGGCUGCAGCCCUGCCGACUGCGCCGAGCCCAAUUCAAACAUCAUGAAGUUGCUGGAAGUAGCACCAAGCUGUGUCCCCACAUCAGCAGAGGGAGAGAAGGAGAGCGAGCAGCACGUUACUGGCAAGAUAAGGAAAAAAGUGCACCCUAAGCCCUGUGAGGAAGCUGAUGAUCCCAUAAGGAGACAACUUCAACUGGUCCAAUCAAUUAACAGAUUUAACAAAGAAAAACACUUACGGAGAACAAUAACAAGAGAUAAAAGCGUCCCUAAUUUUGACUAUCACUUACUGCACCAGAUGGCUAUUAAAAGCUUUGAUAAAAGGAAAUUAAAAUCUGUUGGAAUGCUGGACCAGAGCACAGGUCAGGUGACUGACUCGGGCUGCAGUGGUGGGUUUGUGGAAGAUGAUGACACGGCAGCUCCUCACAGGAGUAAAUUAUUGCAGCGCAGACACACGGUCACUGUGCCCCUGCCAGCAGAGGGCAGCGACGGUGGCUCCUGCAGCCCUGCAGAGCCAGGUGUGCCACAGCCACAGGACUGGCAUGGCUCAGGUUCAGAUCACUGAAGGGAAGCAGGGAUUUGAAGCCCGAAGCUGAGGAAGUUGGUGGUGUGAAUUUCAGUAGCCCUUCACUUGCGUGUCAGAUGGCGGUGACAUUCACACACCCGGUUCAGAGCAGGCACAGGCUCUGCAGCACAGCUGGAAUGUUCUGGCACCCUGGGGCUUGAGUCCUCUGUUCAUCUAGGAGGUGACCACACAGCCAGAUCAUUACUGAUCUCACUAACAGGGAUGUAACGGAGAUGAAGACAGCAAAAUUACUUUCCUAUUCUAUUCAGCACUUAUUAAAAAGUUCUAUGUAACAGUAAACCAAAUGAAACCCUGUAUUGUAUUUUUCAGCCACCCACUUUAAAAGUCUUUGAAUAAUUUUUGCAUUUUCAGUUUUUAUCACUACAUUGAGAAUUAAAUAUAUUUAUAUAUAUAAAAAGAUAUAUUGGAUUACAAGGUAUUUAUUGCCAGAGGUAAUUGAAAUGUCUCUAUUUUUAUUGUAAUGUUACAAACCAUUAUAGUAUAUAUUUCUGUAUAUUUCAGUAGCUGGACAAACAAUAGUCCGUAACAUCUGCAUUACUAAUGUGAAGGGAUGUAAUCCUUGCUAGUAUCUCAGCAAUGCUCCCCUGUACUGGAGCUGCAAGAUCAAGUUCUUACAGAGGAGCCAAGAUACUAGGGUAAAAGUGGAGAGCCCUUGACAGAGCUAAACUUUGGACUUGAUGUUCACAGCCUAACAAAAAAGCAGAAGCAAGCACAAGGUGCUUGUGUUUUAUUGUAGCAUGCAUUUAAGUUGCUUUUCCCCUCCUCUAAAGGAAGUAAUGCAAAAAUGCACAAGUAUUCACAAUUCUGAUCCUGGGCAACAUCCACAGACAAAAGUGCUUCAGAGCCUGCUCUGGACUGCUGUUAAAAAGGUAAAAUUCCCAUUAUGAAAGGUACUUCUCACAUCAGUGACCACUGGCUAGAGUAGGCCAAAUCCUGCCCCAUUCCCAGGGGUGAUCACUUCUGAAAGCUACAGGGAACUACCAAGUGGCUGCUUAGAUUGGAAGUUCAUUUUCUACUGUUUGGUUAUGGGAGGACAAGCUGUAAAUAGCACAAGCCAGGUUUUGCAGUGUAGUUUUUUUUUUUAUUCUUGGCUCAUCACAUCCAGCUUGCAUUUUAUUUCAUGAACUGUUUGUAUAGAUAAUUAUCUUUUUUUUUAACUGUGGUAUUAGUAAACUACCUGGCAAAAUACAAAGCUGGAAGAUAAGAGUGCUGGGUUUUUCAGGUAACUUUUUAAUCUAAGAGGUAAAAUGUCAAAAGACAUUUGGAUUUGAGGGUAAUGUGUUUAUUUUUCUAAUAAUUUAUGAGUUCAUAUGAUUUUCAGAUGUGCCUUGGAUUUGUGCCAAAUGAUGGAAAGAAAAAACAAGUAAAAGAACUCUUGAAAAUG